GAAAGUUACUCUCAACUUUUUAGUCUGCAAAAUGUUGUCAAAGCAGUGGAACGCAAAUAAACAGAUCUCUGGCCAGAUCUACCAGCUAUGCAGGGGAAUGGCCCAAAAGGCCACUGUGAUGAGCGUGGAAGAGGCCAAACCUUAUGCUGAUAUUCCGGGACCCAGCAAAUUGCAAUUGAUCAGAGCUUUUCUGCCGGGCGGUCGCUACAAAAAUUUGCCGGUCCACGAAAUGUUUCUCGAUAUGAACCGACAGUAUGGAAGUAUCUUUAGGAUGCCCAGUGUGGCAGGCACAGAUAUGGUGCUCACGAUGAACCCUCAGGACUACGAAGUCAUCUUUCGGAACGAAGGUCAGUAUCCUUACCGAAGGAGUUUUGAGGUAAUGGACUACUUCAAAAGGGUUCACCGGCGGGAAGUAUUCGAUGGCUAUGAUGGGUUAACUUCGGGAAAUGGUCCUGCUUGGGGAAAAAUGCGUACGGCUGUCAACCCCAUUCUGUUGCAACCACGUAACGCCAAGCUUUAUAUGACGAAUUUGCUGCAAGUAAGCGAUGAGUUUCUGGAGCGCAUUCGCACCAUUCGAGAUCCUGUUACGCAAGAGAUGCCAGAUGACUUUGCCGUGGACAUUCGGCAUUUGGUGAUCGAAUCCAUUUGCUCCGUCGCCCUGAACACACAUCUUGGUUUAUUGGGAGAGCAGCGGGAAAACAAGGAUAUCAAAAAGCUAGUAUUGGCUCUUCAGGAUGUGGUCGAGCUGGGUUUUCAGCUUGAUAUGAUGCCCGCCUUUUGGAAAUACUUUCCCAUGCCGAAUUUCAAGAAGCUCAUGCGUUCAUUGGAUACCAUUACGGACUUUUGCCAUUUCCACAUUGGUAUCGCCCUAAAACGGAUCGAGGAGGACGCCAAGGCUGGAAAACUGAAUGAGAUUGGCCUGGAAACUAGCCUGCUGGAGAAGCUGGCCCGCUUUGAUCGCCAAACAGCUGUGAUUAUUGCCAUGGAUUUGCUAUUCGCAGGAGCUGAUCCGACACUUGUAACUCUAGGAGGAAUCCUAUUCAGCCUGUCCAAGAGCCCCGACAAGCAGGCUCGACUUCUGGAGGAGAUCAGGAGAAUAUUACCCAGCAAGGACUCAUCGCUGACCAUUGAAAGUAUGAGCAAUAUGCCCUAUCUGAGGGCCUGCAUCAAGGAGGGCAUUCGCAUGUAUCCCAUUGGUCCGGGCACCCUUCGUCGAAUGCCCCACGACGUGGUGCUCAGUGGAUAUAGAGUUGUGGCCGGAACGGAUGUUGGCAUUGCGGCCAACUACCAGAUGGCCAAUAUGGAGCAGUUUGUGCCCAAGGUUAGGGAAUUUAUCCCAGAGAGAUGGCUGCGCGAUGAGUCCAACUCCCAUUUGGUGGGUGAAACUGCCACGCCGUUUAUGUAUCUUCCCUUUGGCUUUGGACCAAGAUCUUGUGCAGGAAAGAGGAUUGUGGAUAUGAUGCUGGAGAUAGCCAUUUCGCGGCUGGUUAGAAACUUCGAGAUCGGGUUCGACUAUCCCAUUGAAAAUGCCUUCAAGGCCAAGUUCUUUGUGCAACCAAAUAUUCCGUUUAAGUUUAAGUUUGUAGAGCAAACCGAUUAAUGCUGUUGAUUUUUGCGAAUUAUAAAUGCUUACUCACUUAGGAAAAAACGCCUUAC